AUGAACAAUAUUUCACAAAUAUAAAUUUGCUAUGAGUAGGUUUCUUGCUAGAAUUGAGUGUCAAAAUAAUGCAAUCAUUUUCAUAAACAGAUUUGUCAGAUUAAUGAGUUAAUUGAAAUAUUUGGGAAUUCAUUGUUUUUUUACUAUUUUAAUUCAACAUCAUCCCAUAAAAAUGUCCAUCAAUCAAGAUAAUAGGCCAGAAUUGUAUGAAGAGGUGAAAUUGUAUCAUAAUGCUAGAGAAAGGGAAAAGUACGACAAUAUGGCUGACUUGUAUGCUGUAAUAAAUACUUUGCAACAAUUGGAAAAAGCCUAUAUUAGAGACUGUGUUACACCUAAAGAAUAUACCGGUGCUUGUAGUAAAUUAUUAGUACAGUAUAAGUCUGCCUUCAGACAAGUAAAGGAAGAAUUUCCUAAUAUUGAAGCUUUUGUUAAGAAAUAUAGACUAGAUUGUCCUGCAGCCUUAGAGAGGAUUAAAGAAGAUCGUCCAAUAACAAUUAAAGAUGACAAAGGGAAUACAAGCAAGUGUAUUGCAGAUAUUGUCUCUCUGUUCAUUACUGUUAUGGAUAGGCUUCGUUUGAAUUUAAAAUCUGUAGAUGAACUACAACCUGAUUUGAGAGAUUUGGCAGAUACUAUGAAUAGAUUGAGUAUUUUGCCUGCCGAUUUUGAAGGAAAACAAAAAGUGGGAGAAUGGUUGGCAACUUUGAAUUCUAUGCAAGCGUCAGAUCAAUUGUCAGAUGCUCAAGUGAGACAACUUUUAUUUGACCUAGAAAGUUCUUACAGUGCAUUUAACAAACUUCUACAUAACUCUUCUUAAAGAUCUGAAGAUAAUUUUUAAGCAAAUCAAAUAUGUAUUAUAUCAUUCCUAGUUCUAGUAUUUAAUACAGCAAAGAGAAUUAUUGUGUAUUUCAAUUCAAAUGUUUACUGGAUAAACACACAAAAUAAAUUCUUCAAUGUU